AUGGGCCAGAAGAAGAAAAAGGUGCAUGACCAUGAACCUGUGUCUUUGAAGCGUGUAAGGGUAUCUGAACGAGGUUUUGAUUGUUCGGGAGGGCAUGCUGGUGACCCUAUUGUAAUCGGUGACAGUGGUGAUGAUGUCAGUGAGGCUGAAGAGGGGUUGAGGCAUACUGAGAAGAGGUUUCUGGUUGAAAAGGAAUGGAAGAGCGAGGAGGGUAAAAGGUGUUCUGUAUUUGUUGAUAAAGUUGAUAACUUUGGCAAUGAUGACUAUGCUUGCGUACCUGAAAACCGGGUAAUUUUGCCGGAUGAUUCAUAUGGGGAUAAUCAGAGUGAGAAGGAACAUUGCGCGGAUAAAAGUGGUUCAGAUGAUUCUUUUUUGUGUUUAACGGAGAGUGAGGAUGGCGCCACCAGUGAUGAAGAUUUUCAGGUUGAUUAUGAUGAGAAUGAUUGCUGCUCGAGCAGUGAGGACAGUGAUUCUUCUUCUUAUGAUGAUGAUGAGAGAGGGGGAUACAGCAAGACGGUGAAGGAGAGGGUGAGAAAGGUGGAGGGUGAAACUGAAAGUAGUGGAGUUUGCAAAAGAAAAGGUGGAAGGAAAGAUAAUGAAGAGGGGGAGCAAUGGAUUGGUGCUGACUGUGCUAGUGCAACCUCUAGUAAAUCUGAGAUUUAUAAGCAGGAAGCAAGGAAUGCAGCACAGAAACAUGAAUCAAAGAGAGUCAAAAGUGCCAAUGUUGAUGCAGAAGUCUUUGGUGAUCACUGGAAAAGUUCAGGUUGCUCUAUGCCUUCUGAAGCUGAAGCACUAGAGCAUAGGAAGAAAAGAGAUACAGGUCAUCAAAGUGCGUCAUUGCAGAAAAAAACAGAAUAUUCAACUAUGAUCAAGAAGAAUCUUGAUGACCAUGAAGGAAAAAAGCAUCAUCACGUCAAAGGAGAUUCAGCUAAAGUUGUGACAAAAAAAGACAGGAAGGGAAGAAAGCAUAAAUAUGGGUUUAAUAGCAAUAAAUGUGAGAAGGUACGGGUGGUGGAUGAUGAAACUGGUGACAAAGAUGAGCUGCAUGAAUUGGAAGAAAAGGAUGAUGAUUUUGGUCAGGGUCAGACUAAGCCAUUAGCUUCUAGGGAAACAAUCCCUUUGGAUUGGAACUUUAUGAAGAAAGAACCUAUUGAAAAUUUGGAGUUUGAGAAGGAGUUAGAUAUCUUGUGGGGUGAAAUGGAUAUGUUGCUUCGAGGUGAAGAAAUUGGGUCUCAGGUUGAUAAUAUUGGAACAAAUGAAGCAAGAGAAAAUGAAGAAAAUUCAGCGUCGCAGUGCAAGCAUGAUACUAUUUUUAAUGAGGAAAUUGGGAUAUACUGCAGAUGGUGUGGUUGGAUUGCCACUGAAAUCAAAUAUAUCACUCCACCAUUUGUGGAUUCUGAAAGAUGUUGCAGAAGGGUGUCAUCUGGUGGAGGGAACACCUCACAGUUUGAUGGGGAUCUGUUUAAUGAUCCUGGUGAUGACUCAGAGGCAGUUUGGUCUCACAAUGAAGGCACAGUUUGGGACCUUAUUCCUGACAUAAAACAAAGCUUGUAUCCUCAUCAACAAGAAGGGUUUGAGUUUAUUUGGACAAAUUUGGCAGGAACCACUGACCUUGCCAAAUUGAAGAGGGUUGACCCAUGUAGUGAAGGUGGGUGCAUUGUUUCUCAUGCUCCUGGAACAGGAAAGACAAGGUUGACCAUGGUUUUUCUUCAGACAUAUUUGCAAUCGUUUCCAAAGUGUCUACCUAUUAUCAUUGCUCCUGCCAACAUAUUGCUUACAUGGGAAGAUGAGUUAAGGAAGUGGAACAUAGGAAUUCCAUUCCAUAACUUGAACAAUUCUGAAUUAUCGGGAAAAGAGAAACUCAUUAAUGAAGUUGACUGGUCUGGCAAUCAAAAGCAGAAUAAGGAUGCCAUACGUAUGGUGAAGUUGUGUUCAUGGUACAAAGAGAAGAGCAUUCUAUUAAUCAGCUACAAUUUGUAUGAGAAGUUAGCAGGAUCCACGGCUGAAGGUGAUGGGAAAAAAGAGAAGAAAAAUAAUAAGAUGAAAAAAAAGAAGAAACGUGCAAGGCCAAGGGAGUACAUUGAAAGUGGAAUGGGAAAGGUUCUGCGUGACUAUCCUGGUUUGCUAGUACUUGAUGAAGGGCACACUCCUCGGAAUCAGAAUAGUUAUAUUUGGAAGGUUCUUUCUGAAAGUAGAACUAAGAAGCGAAUCCUUCUUUCGGGGACACCUUUCCAAAACAAUUUUUUGGAACUUUACAAUAUUUUGUGCUUAAUGAAACCAUCCUUUCCUGACAGCAUACCACAAGAACUCAAGAAGUUUUGCCAAAGUAGACAAAUGCAGGAAAGGAAAGAUGUGAGCUGGGAUUGGGAACCUGUUUCGUCUGGAAAUACAGCUGAUGAGAAAAUAAAACUGCUAAAAUUGCUGAUGAAUCCCUUUGUUCAUGUUCACAAAGGUAGCAUUCUUCAAAAGAACCUUCCUGGGUUGAGAGAUUGUGUGCUGGUUUUGAAGCCAGACAUUUUGCAGCAAGAAACUCUAGAGAGCAUUGAAUAUUCUCAAAGUGCACUGAACUUUGAACACAAGUUGGCCUUGGUCUCUGUCCAUCCAUCCCUUUUCCUCAACUGCUCUCUGUCAAAAAAAGAAGAAUCUGUUGUUGACAAGGGUAAGUUGGAAAAGCUUAGAUUGAACCCUUAUGGAGGGGUCAAAACCAAAUUUCUGUUUGAGUUUAUAAGACUAUGUGAUGCAGUUAAUGAGAAAGUCCUCAUUUUCAGCCAAUUCAUUGAUACCUUAUGCUUAAUUAAGGACCAACUUGAGUCAGCCUUCAAUUGGUCUGUGGGGACAGAAGUGCUGUAUAUGUAUGGAAAGCUUGACCAUAAGCAAAAACAGUCCCUCAUUCGUAGUUUCAAUGAUUCAAAUAGCCAAGCAAAGGUGCUGCUUGCUUCUAUAAAAGCAUCUUCUGAAGGCAUUAACUUAAUUGGAGCUUCAAGGGUUGUGCUUCUUGAUGUUGUUUGGAAUCCCUCAGUGGAAAGGCAAGCUAUUUGUCGAGCAUAUAGACUUGGACAAAAGAGGGUUGUUUUCACAUAUCAUCUUCUUGCACAGGGCACCCCUGAAUGCACAAAAUAUUGUAAACAAGCAGAAAAGAACCGGUUAUCUGAACUUGUUUUCUCAAAUAGAAAUGCUGAAAGUCAUAAGCUCAAGAGUAGUGGAGUAAUGCUUGAGGAUAUUGAGGAUAGAGUUCUUGAUCUCAUGGUUCAGCAUAAAAAACUCAAGGAUAUGUUUGGUGAAUGUCUGGUUCAACCAAAGGAGAGAUAUUUGGAGACUUUGGGCCCUUGA